ACAAUUUAUUAUUAGUGAUAUUGAUUAACGAAUGAUUGAUAAUAGUUUACCACGGCCAUCCCCAGCUAAAAUCAAAGAAAGAAACCCGAACCUGUCUCUCUGUUCCCGUCUAAACUCCCACUAAAAUCUGUCUAAAUCUCUCAAGAAUCAAAGAAACAGACAAAUGGGUACUUUCACUGCUCUAACAAGAUCAUUGGGUCAUCGCUGCGUGAAAAAUUCGAAAUCGAAUAACUUACCGAAUCUUUACAUUCACAGCAACGGUCAUCAGUACCAAACCCAUAGAACCCUCAUCUUGGAAUCCCUAUCCUAUGAAUCAGUCAGGCUUCGAAGGUUGUCAGAUUCGGAUUCUGGGAUUGUUGAGGUUAAUUUGGAUAGGCCUGCAGCGAAAAAUUCAAUUGGGAAGGAAAUGUUAAGAGGGUUACGCAAUGCUUUUGAAACAAUCGAAAGUGAUGAAUCUGCCCAGGUUGUUUUGAUUUGCAGUUCGGUUCCAAAGGUUUUUUGUGCUGGUGCUGAUUUAAAGGAGCGCAAGACAAUGACUCCAUCUGAAGUUCAAAAUUUUGUGAACUCAUUGCGAUCUACGUUCUCAUUCAUAGAGGCACUCCGUGUUCCUACCAUCGCUGUUAUUGAAGGAGUAGCAUUAGGUGGUGGACUUGAAAUGGCUUUGUCAUGUGAUCUUCGGAUAUGUGGAGAAGAUGCAGUAUUGGGCUUGCCAGAAACAGGACUUGCCAUAAUUCCUGGUGCAGGUGGGACUCAAAGACUUCCUAGGUUGGUAGGAAAAUCACUGGCAAAGGAACUGAUAUUUACUGGCCGCAAGAUUGGUGGUAGAGAGGCUAUGCCAAUGGGGCUUGCCAAUUACUCUGUCCCUGCCAGUGAAGCUCAUUCAAAAGCACUUGAAAUCGCUCGGGAGAUUAUCCAGAAGGGUCCAGUAGCAAUUAGGAUGGCAAAAAAGGCUAUCAAUGAGGGCCUUGAGAUAGAUUUACCAUCAGCUUUGGAAUUGGAAGAAGAGUGCUAUGAACAGAUCUUGAACACUAAAGAUCGUUUGGAAGGCUUGGCAGCAUUUGCUGAAAAGAGGAAACCAAGGUACAGAGGGGAAUAAAAUUAACAAAAGAAUUUCUGGACAAGUUUCUGGGGAUUAAUUGUCAUUCUUCCUAUAAAUUAUGCCCAUGAGAUAAUGUUAAUGCCAGGCAGCAUUUGAUAUGUAUGUUGUUAAUAAAGAAAAUAGUAAGCAUUUAUCUUA